AUGGCAAAGCCAUGGGCAGACGAGCCGUACCCUCUGAUCACGACGCCUGCGGCAAGGAAUGUCAAGGCGUCGCCCGGAUCGAUAUAUGUGGCGACAGGGAUGGCACUGGCUCACAAUGUCAUGAUUCGCUACAUCAAUUCCAUCUACCUACAAGCCACCGGGUUUUCCGGCGUCAGAGAUGCUGAUGCCUUCCUACUCUACUGUCGUGGCCUAUGCCCAAUCAUUCAUAAUCAUCAUGACAGCGAAGAGAAGAGCUUCUUUCCGAUGAUAGAGAAACUCACGAAUUCUCCGGGAAUCAUGGACCAAAGUAUUCAGGAACAUAAGGACUUCGAAAAUGGGUUUCACACGUUUGAGAAGUACGUGAUAGAAACAGCAGCUACUGAAUACGACGGCAAUGCGCUAAGAAGUAUACUGGACGACUUUGCACCCCCUCUACUGAGACAUCUCAAUGCAGAGGUGUUAACAUUGCUUUCUAUCGGAGAGAGGUUUGGUGGCGACAAGCUACAGAAGUUAUAUGAUGACUGCGAGGCCGAAAUAGUGAAAGACACCCAAGCAAAAUCCGACCCUUUUAUCAUGCUACCAGCGGGAUUCGGUGCUGUUGACCGUACCUUCGAGAGUGGCAUCCAUGGGAAAUGGCCACCAUUUCCAUGGUUUGUCCCCUAUCUCAACAAGUUCAUCUUUUACAGAAGACAUUCCAGCUCGUGGCGCUUCAGUCCGUGUUCAAAUUUGAAACGACGAGAGCUGCAGUUUGUCGGUGACAAUUGGAAAGGAACAAAGGCGUUCACCGAGGAUUGGAGUAUGUUGGGAAAAUGA